AUGCCAUUCGCAAUCAAAGAUGCUCUUCACUACAAACGCAAUGAUCGACAAAUACGUGAGAUUCAUGAGAGAGAAUAUUCAAAUUAUGUGAAAACUCUUCGUCAACAGCAACUAUUUCAACAGCAAACAUUCUCACAGAUUGCUCCAAAUCAUUUCCAGGAAAUUGAACGUUCUCGAGUACGAUAUACAGUCGCAAAACAAACAGAAUAUGACCGUAUCGGACGUGAAAAUCAUUUGUUUCUCAAUCGUUUGCAUCAAGCAAGUGAACGCACAUUGAUCGAUCAUCGAAAUCAGAAUUAUUUACGAAAUUUAAGCGCUUUCAAUUGCAAACGUUCCCAACAACGUUCUCAUGAUUAUAAACGUAUUUAUACUGAUAAUCAGCUAUUGUUGCAUCGUCUUAACACUACUCCGGGCCGCAUAGCAAAUAAGGAACAAUGUGAACGUGAUUGGAAGAGGCAUGUCGAUAUAAUGAAAAAAUCGUGUGAUUAUCCCGAAAAUAUCGAUCGAUUUGUUACAAAAAUGAAUAAAACCGAACAAAACCAAAUAUGUCAGUACGAAAAAAAACGAGAUGCACAUUGGAAUCGUCGACACUAUGUUAUCGAAUCAUCCACGCCGUUAACAGCAACUCCAUUGGCGUUAUUAUUAAAUGAUUCUUGA